GCCUGGGGGGGCUGUGUGGAGGUGGACUCGGAGACGGAGGCCGUGUACGGGAUGACCUUCAAAAUCCUGUGCAUCUCCUGCAAGCGCCGCAGCGAGACCACCGCCGAGACCUUCACCGAGUGGACCUUCCGCCAGAAGGGCACGGAGGAGUUUGUCAAGAUCCUGCGCUAUGAGAACGAGGUGCUGCAGCUGGAGGAGGACGAGCGUUUCGAGGGCCGCGUGGUGUGGAACGGCAGCCGGGGCACCAAGGACCUGCAGGACCUGUCCAUCUUCAUCACCAACGUCACCUACAACCACUCGGGCGACUACCAGUGCCACGUCUACCGCCUGCUCUUCUUUGAGAACUACGAGCACAACACCAGCGUCGUCAAAAAGAUCCACCUUGAGGUGGUGGACAAAGCCAACAGAGACAUGGCAUCCAUCGUGUCGGAGAUCAUGAUGUAUGUGCUCAUCGUGGUGUUGACCAUAUGGCUCGUGGCAGAGAUGGUUUAUUGCUACAAGAAGAUCGCCGCGGCCACGGAGGCUGCUGCACAAGAGAAUGCCUCGGAAUACCUGGCCAUCACCUCAGAAAGCAAAGAGAACUGUACGGGCGUCCAGGUGGCCGAAUAG